CAAUAGUUGGUAUGAAUAAAUGAAAACCAGCUGUUUCUGAAGUUCAACACCGCCGUCUGCAUAUGUUUUGAAUAAUCUUUUUUAUAUAAGCUAAAGGUUUAGUCUCUUGAUGCCGUUGACCUAUAUUGAGAGCAAUUGCAGUUAAUUGUUGUUCUAACGUGAGUCCGCACGCAUUCCAACACCGAUACAAUAAUGCCUGUGAAUUGGUCUCGCAUCAUCUGUGUCGUAGUCACGAUAGCUAUGCUAUGGUACAUUCAUGUACAGGACAUGCCGGUACGUGGCUUUUGGUGUGACGACCAUUCCAUACGCUACCCACAUCUACCGAUGAUAGUGGACUACAGAAUACUGCUGCUAGUCGGUAUUGCACUUCCCAUUCUAAUUAUCCGCUUGCUGCCUUCAUCAGCUAGACCAGACAAUGCUGAUGACAGUGAAGUCGAUAAUGGAAAUCAUUUGGCACGCACUGGACCCGCUUCACCAGAAUGGGAUUACAUUUUCGGAUUCCUUCUGAAACUUGUGCUGACCACAUACGUGAAAGUCGUCAUAGCACGACCACGUCCAAACUUCUACGAGAUCUGUCAACCGACAGUGAUGUGUGAAUCGUUCGAAAAUCGGUUCAUCAGCGAAUUCAACUGUACGACGCGAGCACAUCUUGCCCGAAACAGUGUACAGUCAUUCUUUUCGGGCCACUCAGCGACAGGAACGUAUGCCGGACUGUUUUCCGCAAUUCAUGUAGCUGCACACUGGCCGGUUGACUAUAAUUUGAAAGCACUAGCCUGCUCAGUAUUAAUCAUGGCCGGACUGUUUCCCGGCUUCACACAAUACUUAAAUCAUUGGCAUCACUGGAGUGAUGUUCUAGUCGGUCAAUCGGUGGGUCUGUUGAUGGCUGUAGCAGUCUAUAAAAUGCGAUAUUGGCUCAGUCGAACCAACGCCAGUAGCAACAGUAAGAACCAUAAGUCGAAAGUUGUGUCACAAUAAAGAUUAGUAGAGAAAAGUUGG